UCUUUUUCUUCUUUACGGUUUGUUUCUAUUAUGCCUGUUUCUAAAUUGACUAUUGCUCCCGGUGUUGAUCAAUACACAUUGAUUAAUCCUAACAAGACUUUGGCUGUCAUGAUCUUGACAAGAGGUGCCAUUAUUUCCCAUAUUCUUACACCCGAUAAGACAGGCACUGUACGCGAUGUUGCUCUUGGCUUCGAUGAUUAUGAAUCCUACACCAAAAAGAAUCCUUAUUUCGGUGCAGUUGUCGGUAGAUACGCAAAUCGUAUCGCUGAAGGUAAAUUCACCGUAGAUGGUAAAGAAUAUCAACUUGCUAUCAACAAUGGUCCCAAUUCAUUGCAUGGUGGUCUUGAAGGUUUUGACAAGCGAAUUUGGUCUGCUACUGUCGUUUCUGAAGAACCCGCUUCCGUUCGUCUUGAACUUGUCUCUCCUGAUGGCGAUCAAAAUUAUCCUGGUACCUUGACUACUCAACUUACUUACACAGUAACAGAGAAAGAUGAAUUAAUUCUCGAAUAUCAUGCCACUACUGACAAAGAAACUGUUGUUAACUUGACAAAUCACUCUUACUUUAACUUAUCUGGUGUUGAAUUAAAUCCAAAUGUAUUGGACCAUCGUGUUACUAUGACUGAUGAGGUAAAGGCUGUCUUGGAAUGUGAUGGCAACUGCUUGCCUACAGGUAAGGUUCUCAGCUGGUCUGAAGUACCUUGGUUCAACUUUUCUGGCGAAAAUGCUGGUACUCCCAUUGGUGCUCGUUAUGAACAUCUUCAAGCUACACAUGGUUAUGACCAUCCCUAUGUUAUUCACAAUGACUACAGAACAGACACGGCCGGUUUGCCUCUUCGUCACGCUGUCAGAGUCUAUUCACCCGAUACUGGUAUUGAACUUGACUUUUCCACAACAGAGCCUGCUUUUCAAUUCUACACAGGUGGCUGGAUUGCUAAAGAUACCUUUGUUUCCAAGAAGGCUCAAGGUAACGUGCCACUAGGCACUGCUUCUGGUUUCUGUCUUGAAGCCUCUCGUAACCCUGAUUCUCCCAAUAAGCCUGACUGGCGUAGUGCUGUUUUGCUUAAGAAAGAUGGUAUAUAUUCUGGCAAGACUGUUUAUACUUUCCAUGCACGUUUAGAUUAACAUGUUGAGCGUAAUAAAUGCAAUGUACUUUAUAAAAUUAUAUCGAG